AUGGCUGGCCCACGGGAGACACCGCGUCUGGAGGGGGAAGAAAUAGAGAUGUCAGUCCUCCAGGGGGGCUUCAACCGCCAGGAUCCGGAGGUACCGCCGCCUCUUCCCCCCAAACAGUCCCGUCAGGACCCGUCCUGUCACCCCAAACAGACCUGGACGGACCCGUCCUGUCGCCCCAAACAGCCUCAGCAGGGGCUACCGGCUGGUCCGGAGGAUCCAACUCACCGCGCUAGACGGAAAGGUGGAAGAAAGGCCCGGAAGGAGCCCUCCCGUCCCCCCGAUCAGACUCUCGACCUACCAUACCGAUCGCGUACCAGGUACCGACUCGUCACACGGACGAGACCCCGGGACUACCGCCUCGUCCCCCCGAACAGGAAACAGAGAGACGGAAAAACGGCAGGCGUGUACCGGCACAGGCUACGGGAGGAAGACCUCGUCAAGCUGCCGCUGAACCCGAUGUACGGGGCAGAUCUAGAUCUGCCGUCAGAACCCGAUGACCAACAAACGACUCCCAAAGAAGUGUUUGGGGCAGCCCAAGCCGAGAUGACAGCCUCGGGCGGUCCGGCAGACGACAGUCCACCGGCAGACGGCCCCGGUCAACCUCUGAACCGAGAUGCCCGCAGCGCCCGGCCGGUCCACUCUACCCAGAGGCCCGGAAGAAAAACCGGCGGUGCCCAGCCUGCAGCGGCCGCCGCACACAUGUACGAGGAUGGGGAGACGUUCAUGGGUCUCGGACAGCCUCUGAACCGCGACGCUCUCGGCGCUCCGACCCUUCCCAAGUCCCCGAGGCCAGGAGGAACCACCGACGGGGCCCAGCCUGCGGCGGCCGCCGCACACACGUACGAGAAUGAGGACACGUUCAGACAGGGUCUCGGGCCAGCUCUGAACCGGGAUGACGGCCCGCCACCUGUCCCCUCAACACCGAGACCCGGAGGACCGCCCGGCGGGGCCCAACAACUGCCGAGCUGGCCACAGAUGCUGCUGAACCCGCAAGCCAUCAUCAAUCAGCUGCAGCCGAACGCCAUGUACGACUCCAACGUGAACCAUCCUCAAGGCGUCGGACCAGCCCCGGAGAGCCGUACCGUUUGGGAACGAUUACGUCAUCACCAGUCCCCCCGCCUGCUGAUGUGCGCCGCCAUAUCGUCCGUUACCAUGGUAACACUGCUGAUCGUGGUGUCUGUACUUCUGACGCACCGCUACUCCCGACCUGGCUACAACGACUCUCCGGCUACAACUACAUCAGGACGUAACACCGCUGACAGCACUGCCUGGCGAAGUUCUACAGCGCUGAUGAAGACUGACCAAGGGGCAUCGGCUGAUGUCAUCAAGGUGAGUCCGGUCCACGGACGUGGUCCCUCACACUGCAUCACUUCAACAGCAGGGCCUGCACCAAUCAACAAGCCGGUUUCAACCGCCACUGAAGAUCACGGCAGCAGGGCACCCGUCAUCACCUUUGGCGAUAAGUCGGGGGCUGGAAAACUGCGCGGCGCACGCGGAGUCGUGGUUUCCCCAGACAAUAAGAUCUGGGUGGCUGACCAGACCAAAACCCGUCUCCAAGUGUACAGCAUGGCAGGCGCCUUCCUGUAUCCGUUUCCGCAAGGUGCACCAGGGCUGGGGUAUCCGGCAAAAGAGCCAUAUGAUGUGUCCAUCGACAGAGAUGGUCACCUGUGGGUCUUGAUGAGUGGGUACCCUGCCAGCCCUGACUCCCUGGUGCAGUUGGACAGGGAAGGUCAGCUCAAAGCCAAGUUUGACCUCCCUGGCACUACACCAUGGGAGGUGCACAGCGGAAUGGCUGCGGGCUUGCGCAACAACCACGUUAUCGUCACCUGGUCUGACGGUGCCUUCAGUGGCGGUGUGCAAGCCUUCCAGCCGGAUGGGAAAGUCGUCUGGGAUGGCCAACGGCGGAUGAAGACGCCGACGAACGUCGCCGUGAACGGAGAAGGCAACAUCUUCGUCUCCGACUUCAACACCCACUACAUCUACAGGUUCGAUGAGAACGGGCGGUACGUGAUGAGGUUCGGAGGAGCAGGAAGGAGUGGUGGCGACCUGAAUCAUCCUCGCGGCAUCUGUGCGGACAGUUCCGGUCACAUCUUGGUGGCGGACAGAGACAACCAGCGCGUGGUGGUGUACACAGACCGGGGUGAGUAUGUCCGCCACAUCGCUGUCCGUGCUAAACUCCCAACAGGGGUUGCAGUGGGGCCGGGAGGACAGUUGGUUGUGAUCAACCAUGACACAAUCACUGUCUUCCCCCGCUACUGA